AUGCGAAAUGUUUGGAUUAUCGCAUCAGUUGUCGUUGCAAUUGCUAUUUGUUUAUCUAUCGGCUUGACUGUUGGAUUCCUGCUCAAGAAAAGGAAGGGUACAGGUGGUACAGUCGCUAAUGUUAGUAUUUCGCCUGUACGCUUAGCAAACGAUGCCGACUUGAAAGUCAAGGAUACUAGCGAUGACAUUAUUAAGAUUGACUUUUUAAAAAGAGAAAACUACUCCGUAGGUGGAAAUAAUGCCAGUGUCAACAGUUUUAAUCACGAUUUUCCCACGGCUAAACUCACUGGUUGGACUCACACCUUUCAACUCCCUCUCAGGAUACGGAAAUUUGUUGUUGGAUCCAAUGAGGUUGCCGUUUCAAAGAUUACUCCCAUUUCUGGUUUCUCUGUGUUAAAUAAUCAAGAUGCAGGUGAUUUUGUAACAAUUUGGCAUGAUGGCGACUUUCAUCACUACACUAACUCCGGCGAACUUAUUUCAGUUGGAGCCUUUCCAUUUGCCAAUGGAGAUGAAUCAAUCCAUCCACGGCGUCUUAAAAUACCAACAAGAAUUUCUGAACGUGAUGAUAUAGAUUUUGAUCCCGCAAGUGGUUUUCCUACCGGCUGGCAUGGUAGAGAUGUAGUUGAAGAGCCAAAAGAACCAGAGAUUGAAAGUAUUAGUUUUGAUCCCGUUCACGGGUUUCCUUCGGGAUGGCAUGAUAAUGUCGACGUUGUUGAAAAACCUGUUACAUUUGUCAAUGUUCUUCCUGAAAUGAAUUUAACUAAAGAAGAUUUAGUUCUCGAUCUUUCAGUUAUUACUCUUGCUACCGAGGAUACUCCAUACAAGAUUAUACAGGGAGAUGAUGAAUUGACAAUUAGGAAACAUAAUUUUGAUGAUGUUUUUAAGAAGUACACCUGUUCUCUUAGUGACGCAAGGUCAUUUAAACCACAAAUUAGGCAUUUACUUUCUAAUUUCCAACUCAAUGAUGAAAACGUUUCCGAUUUUGAACUAUACGUUGGUGAAUAUGAUGAACCAUUGUUGGUUAGAUUGAAAGAUUCAACAGGAUGGAAGACCUACAUCCAUAAAGGAGACAACAAGUGGGAAGCUGCUUAUGUUCCAUACUUGGAUUCAAAUGUUCUUGAUAAACACUACGUUGCUUUAAGAGAUGAUAUCAUAUUGAUUGAUUUUUCCAAAAAAUCAGGUCAUUACGUGAUUGGUAAAUACAAAAUAGAAGUGACUGAGCCUGGCGUAAAUGUUAUUGAAGUACAAGAAGGAUUUAAGGCAUAUAUUCACACGAUUUACUACAAUUCAGAAUACAACAGUGACUUCGCCAGUGCUAAGGUUCACAGGUACAAAUUUGAAAAUACUCUUUUUAAGGGUUUUGUACGUAAUCUGUGGGUACGUAAAGUAAACGUUUAUUUCUGGGAUAAAGAAUUAACGAAACCGCUAUAUAUAAGAUCAUUUGCAGACCAUGCUAUUUUGAAUUAUUUUGGAUAUCCUAAUUACCAUCUACAAACCGAUGUUUCUAUGUUCCGUUAUUUCUUGGCUCUUACUAACUUUGAAAUUAAUAAUGCUGUAGUUAUUAACCUAGCAAGACAUGAAUCUUACGAUUUCGAGGGUGGCAUUUCAGCUCAUUCAACUUCAAACCUAAUAACUGUGAAACGUCAUGACAAUUCACCAUUUAAGGGUUUCAGGAGAUGUGUUCAUACCCUUACUGUAGAGGGUGUUAAUAAACCAUUUAACGUCCUACGUUUUGUCAACGAGAUUAACCUGAAUGUAGAUUUAACCAAAGUUUCGUCCGUUGAAACAUAUUUUCAAAAUAAAAAUUUAAAGAAGCCUCUUUUGUUCAUUAUGUAUGGAUCCACCAAGCAGAGUUUUUAUAAGCUCGAGAACGAUAAAUAUGUCAAGUUGGACAACCUUUUCGUUAAUUUAGAGAACACCUUAAAAAAUUUGGCAUAUUAUAAUUACAAUUAUAUUACAAUUGACGUAUCAAAAUCAGCCGAUUAUCAUUACUCUAAUGCUUCAGAUGCCUCUUCAUUACCAGAUCCCACUAAGUUGGUAUCAGUCGUCAAGAACGAAUUUAAGGAAUUUUCUAAGUUUUCUCACAGUUUUAAGGUAAACGACAGUGUAUCUAAUUUCAAAUUACUUGCAUUGAAUGGUGUUGAUAUUAGUUUUGAUGACCCUGAAUUAACAAGUGUGGACGCUUACUUCUUUAAUGAACACAAGGAUAUUCCCAUAGCUGUCGUUCUUAAAGGCACUACCGAUGUCGUUUAUGCAAUUAAAAAGAAACACCCUAUUAAAAAGGACCCAGCCUUUUUAACUUCAUUAAACGACAACCUAAGGAACUUGGUACAAUAUAAUUUUGCGUUAAUGUACCUGAGAUUAGAUCAAACUUCUAACUACUACAACAAACAUGAUUAUGGAUUUGAGGUUGAAGUUGUUGAAGAUAAAUUGAUUGAAGGAAAUUACACUAAAUACGUUCACAAGUUCCCAGAAUUCACUGAUAUUUGCUUUGUGGUCCUUGGUGAUUAUUAUCAUCCCAAAAUUGAACCAGAGGGUAAAUUCAUAAGUGCUGUUGUAUAUAAAAAUAGUAACGGUUUCCCAGAAAUUGUAACCUUAAUAGACGACAAAGCAGUACCCCGUUAUUUUAUAUACCAAGUUAAUAUUUAUAAAAGAGCAAAAGUGGAAAGCGUUGUUAGAAAAUUAAGAUUUGGUCGUUCUCAAGUACAAAAGUUGUCAGAUUCUAUUCCCACAGAUAAAAAUAACUUAAAUUUAAAGGAAAUAAAAAUAUGUACAUUAGGAAAUGAGGGUACAAUAGAUGAAAAGAACAUUACUCAACUUAGGGUUAUAAGGUAUGGACGAAAGAAUCAUAUUUACGGCCAUAAAUUUGGGGAUAGUGUCAAAUGUGUAGAGGUUAAAUAUAAAGAAGAAUCAAUAUGGAAACAUGAUCCCAUUACAAAUUGCAAUAACUACCCAGAAAAAUUAAUUUUAAAUGUUACAAGCAAAGUUAUGUGGGUCAUUAUGGAGUCAAUGUGUUAUGGUUUUGUGUGUAUCGAUAACAAGUGGAACAUUUUUAGUUCUGACAAUAACAAAGAACCGAAUUCAAAGAUUACUGAAACAGUUGAUAUUGAUAUCAAGUCCAAUAGAAUCACAACCAAUAAAUACACAUAUGUUAAGAACAACAACAUUGGAACGAUAAAAGCAAAAGCCGGAUACGGUUUUAAAUCUGUUAAGCACUUAAAUAAUUGCAUCUGGAAAAGCGAUAAAGGUAACAAAAAUUAUUUUUGUGUGAUGGUUGAAUUCGAAGGUGCAAACAUUUUCCAAACUACAAAACAUGCUACCUUAUUUUUUAAUAAUGGAGAAAAAAAGUCUUACUUUAAAUCCAAUUAUACAUGGCUAGAGAAAAAAGUUAGUACCAAUAAAACAGGGUGUAUUACACCAAACACAAAAGGAACUAAUCCGAAUAGGCAAAUUGAACGUACAAGAACACCUAAAAAAGUAUCUCAAAAAGAGUCCAAGAAAAAGGAAAGCCAUUCCAGCCAAUCUGUUGAAGUGUUUUCGGAAGUUCAACCAAUAGUAGAUCCAAAUGAUAUGAAUUUCUUUGAGAAUAAUGAAAACAAUUUAGAAAAUUUGGAGGAGAAUUUAACUGAAUCUAGUGAUCAAUGUGAAUCAGAAUUGAAUAAUGAUGAAAGGGAAGAAACAUCCGAGGGUUUAGAAAAAACAUCUCCAUAUGAUGUCAAACUCUUCAUUAAAGAUUCGAGGGAUAAACUAGUAGAAAUUGAUGAGUCCAAUUAUGAUGUAGAAGUUUAUUUUUGUGCCAUCCACAUUAAAAUUCAUCAAGGAAUAAGAUGUGUAGCAAUUAAUUAUAUAAAUGAAACUAUAUGGAACAUAGAUAAAAAAUAUCCAGUUGGGGGUAGUGGACAUGCCUAUGGAGAUUGCAAUGAAAAGGUCAGUAAAAACAAAGUUGGCAAUCAAUCUGAAUCAUCAAAAUUAGAUUAUCCCAUAUCUCUGUCGUAUUAUAAAAGCACAAAAAGAGCCGUUAUACGUUUCAAUAAAAAAUUCCUUAUUUGCACAAAAAAAAAUGUAUGGGAGUCAAAUGUGUACUAUUACCGUUUUACAACAAAGCCAAAAAUUCCACAAGUAGACUCAAACUAUGACUUACAUUUCAAUAAGUCAUCCAUUACAUUGUUUACAUAUGAUGAUUAUGAUGUCAAUAAAUUGAGGAAGUUAGAGACAAAUCAAUACAGAAUUAAUGAUUCAGCCAAUGUUCUGAUGUUCAUUUUAGGUGAAACUUCCGAUUGUAUUGAAAUGAAGCUUGAUGACAAAACAAUUUGGAAAAAAUCUCACGAUGACUAUCCAAAGUACAUUUGCUAUUAUAAAUCUUCAAAUAGGUUUACCGUUAAUUUCGGGAAGGAGGUUGUCGUGUUGAGGUUAGUUAAUGGUGAGUGGAAGGCCUAUAUGUACAAUUUUAAAGAUCGAUAA